GCCGGAUUAAAAAAUACAAAAAAAAAAUCGAAUGACCGAAAUCUCAGAGAAUUGCUCACCUAUAAAACUAACUUUAAAUCAUAAAAUGUCAUCCACAUCCUAAUUUUAAGCUUUCGAGCUCUCUAAAAAUUGCUGUUCUUGUUCAUACUACAGUCUCGUUUCACCCCAGUUAUACCCUUAAUCUCGUCUUUUUCAGUGUUUUACCAAUAAAACCAUGACAUCCUCAAAGGUUAAAAAAGAGCUGGUAGAUUUCAAGUUCAACGUCAACAGCAGCGAUGGCUUCCGAUAUCAGCGACUGUUGGCAAUACAUCUCGCGCAGAAAGCCUUUUUCAAAAAUAGAAUCUUCAAAUUAGCGUUUGAAAUGACCGCUGCCGAGAAAUUUGAUGAUGUGGUUUUUUAUCUCAAGGACUCUGACGAAUGGCUAUUUAUUCAGGUAAAACAUUGCCAAAAUAACGAAAAUGUGACCGCUGCUAUGCUCGACAAAACUGAUGAUGGUGAUUUUUCAUUGUUAAAGUAUUUGGAAUCGUAUUGUAAGAUUCAGGAUUUCAUGAACCCAUAUGAAGGAAGGAAAAAGAGAUUCGUUAUUUUUACCACAAGAGGAGUUAGUAAAACGUUGAUCGGUAGUUGUGAAAACGUACCUGUAGAUACAAUUUUAGAUUUUUGGAAGGAUAGCUCACAUAAUCAAUUGAUACCGAAUUCGAAAAAAAUAAUUUCAUUGUCUGAAACUACCAGUACAAAAUUUAAAGAACUGUUUAAUGCAAUUGACAGUGUAGUUUCAAAUGGAAGACUAAGCGAAAUUAUUCUUGAUUAUAGAACACCUUUAAGAAGAUUUUUUAGAUUAGCUGGUGAGGAAGUCACUCUUAUUGAUACAUUAUUUGAAGAGGAUAGCAAUCGUAAAACUAGAAAGCUGUUUGAUCUACUAAAGCAUAAAUUUAAAGGGGGGUCAAAGAUUGCUAAAACACACAUGGAUAAAAUUUUUGCCGGCGAAUCUCGACAAAAAUACUUGCCGCCAGUUGCGGAUCAGGAAACCGUAAAGCAGUUUUUCAAUGAUCUAAUAUUGUCAGUUUCACAACCCAAAAUUGAUGAUUUGCUGACCAUAAUUGAUGAGGGAAUGCUAGUGUGGAUGAAAGGUUGGAUACCACCUGAUGAUUUGGGUACGUUAACACAAAAUCAGAUAGAGCUUCCCAGACAGAAAAUUGAAAAUCUGUUUGAAUGUUGGUAUAAAGAACCAGAGGCAACGAAUGGUGGACAUAAAAAGCUCAUUACGGAACAGGAUACUCAGAAAUGGAUGAAAUCAAUCGAAAAUGAACUAAAUGAAACAAUUGAUCAAAAACACAAACGGUCUUGUGCUAGUUUGAAAGUGAUUGAAAAUUAUUAUAUCGAACGAAGAAUUUCAUGCUCCUCAAAAGGUAAUAAGUCCAAUAAGCAAAUAUUUAACCAAAUUGUAUUUGACGAAAUAAGUGAAACCAAAUUUAUUGAACAACUCUUUACCAAGUUUCAGCAUCAACAAUGUUUCAUUUUGAUUGCCGAGCCUGGUAUGGGGAAAAGUGCUCUCUGGCAAAAUAUGGCAUACUAUGCUCAAAGGAAGUACACGAAUAAGUUUGUUUUUUUACUUUAUUUAAAUAACUUUCGAGAUGAGCUCGCCACGUUAAAAACAAUUGAUGAUGUCCUUAAGGUUUUCGGGAGUUAUGUUUCAACUGCCAAUCACAAAUAUUUGAAAAAUGAAGAUACAGAAGUUAUUUUGUUUUUGGAUGCAUUUGAUGAACUGUUACCUGAAAACAUGGAUGUUUUCACAUCUGCCAUGAAUAUUUUGCUAGAAAAGAAGAAAUUGAAGCUGUUUGUGAGUGGUAGACAAAGGGUACAGGAAAAUUUGGAAAAAAGUUUAAGUGUUGAAGCUUUGUCGGUUCUGCCAUUAAGUGAUGAGGACCAGCAAAAUUUUCUUAUCAGGUUUUGGAUUUCACAUGGAGUUUUAUCUGAUAAUAUUGAAGAAAUUUCAAAACUAUUUUUAACAAAGUUUAACAAAGGAAUUUUAAGCAAACAGUUUGAAUUUCUUGGCAAGCCGCUUUUGAUAAGAAUGCUGGCUGAUAUUUAUUUAGAUUCUAUUAAAGAUAUAAUAUCUACUGAUUGUGGCAUGGAAACCGUAUUUGAUGAUCACCUAACGAUUGUUGAUAUUUAUGACACGUUCAUAAACAAAAGUUUACGGGAGACUUAUACUAAAAUUAAUAACAUUCCUUUUGAAUCGACAAUUCCAAGAACAGGUACACAUAGUGUGAAAAACUGGAGACAUUCUUAUCAGUUGAUUGCGUUAGAAGAUCAGGUUCCUAAAAAGCUACUAGAUCUUAUUGUUGAUGAAGAUUUUAAAACGGAAGUGACUGAAAUUCGCCAAGAAAUUAUUAAUCAUAAAGAUGAAACUCUUAUCAUUGAAGUUGUUAAUAAUUGCGCUAGAUUUACUCAUUUAUCGUACAGCGAGUAUUUAGUUGCUAGAUACAUUUUCGAAUACAUUGGCAAAACGGAAAAAUCAAAAUGUUGGAACAAAAUAAAUACGUAUCUCAAGCGAGCCGAGGUUGUUCGCAUUUUUAUUUUUGAAAUGAUAAAUUCAGAAAACUUUGAAAAAUCAAAACCUACCAAAGAAGGUAUGCAGCGAUUAGAGUUUGUUCGAAUGAUUGGCAAGCGAGGAGCUUUUUGGGCAUGUGAAGGAAAUUGUUGUAAUUUAUUGAAGUAUCUACAAACAUUUUACGACUACAACACCAUUCGUGACCCUGAUCGUGAUAGUAACCCAUCAAUGAUCCACAGGGCAAUUUAUUGCAAAGCAUACCAGGCUUUACAACUUUUGCUGGAUGUUCCAUGUGAUCCAAAUAUAAUGGAUGCUUUUGAGCACCCUCCUUUGUUUAGUACGAUCGACAAUUUAAACAUCAUGAAGCUACUCGCUAGUUACGGAGCAAAAUUUGAACAAAACACAAAUCAUAUGUUGCUCUGUGCUGUUAAUUACGGUUCUUUUGAUACAGUGCAAUACCUUAUUGAAAAGAACUUUCAGGUAAACAUGCCAUCUAGUUACGAUGGUAAAACUCCUCUUCAUUUGGCAGCUGAACGGAAUAGGUUUGAUGUCUUCAAACUUUUGGUCUCCAAUGGUGCUUGCCUAGAAUCCAUAGAUAAAUAUACAAACACAAUUUUACAUGUUGCUGCCAAAAGUGGAAGUAAGGAAAUGAUUCAGUUCAUCAUUGCGAAUUCGAAGCAAAAUAUCGACACUCAAAAUGACUUUGGGCAAACUCCUCUUCAUAUCGCAGCAGAAGCACAAAGAGACGAAAUAAUUAAACUUCUUGUUUUAAAACAAGCGGAUAUCAAACUAAACAAUUGUUAUGGAAAUAAUACCUUACAUUACAUUGCAAGCUACGGAUCAAGUGAAUUAUUUGAGUAUCUUAUUCAAAGAGGUGCUGAACUAAAUAGCACGAAUAAUAAAGAUGAGACUCCUUUUUAUAUUGCAUCAAAGAGAAAUGACCUAGACCUUUUAAAAGUUCUGGUAGACAAAGGGGCAAACAUUGUCGAUUCAGGAUGCGUAACCCUAAGAAACGCUGCCAAGUUUGGAUUUACUAAAAUUGUAGAAUAUUUGAUAGAGCUAAGUGUUGAUAUAAACAGCAAGAACAGAUUGAAUGAAACUCCUCUAAAUUAUGCAGUUUAUGGAAAGCAAGAAGAAACGAUAAAGCUUCUUAUCAGAAAAAAUGCUCAAUUUGAGAAAGUUGGAUUUACGGGCGAUACAAUUUUACAUUGUGUGGUUCCAUUUGGGACAAGGGAACUGAUUGAAUUUAUAAUCGACAACGGCAUUGAUAUUGACAUCCAAAAUAAAUAUGGCCAAACUCCUCUUCAUUUGGCUGCCUUUCAGGGUAGUAAAGAGGUCGUUUCACUCUUUAUUUCAAAGGGAGCAAACAUACAUUCAGUUGACAAACAGGGUAAUAAUGUUUUGCACUAUGCUGCAAAAGAGGGAUCACUUGAUCUUAUCGAAUAUUUAUUUGAGAAAAAUGUGGACUUUGACCUCCCAAACUCUGAGGGAAAGACUCCCCUUUAUUACGCAAUAUUCCGCUAUGAAGGUAUUCGAGAAGAAUCCAUAAAAUUCCUAAUUAAUGCAGGAGCAAGUACUGAAACGGUUUAUAAUAUCAAUAAUACUAUUUUACAUCGUGUCGUUCGACAAGGUUCAACUGAAUUUAUUGGUUAUCUGCUUGGUAAAGGUUUGAAAAUAAACGAAAGAAACAAAUUUGGAGAGACUCCUCUUCAUAAAGCAGUGGUUAGAAAUGAUAUAAAUUUACUUAGUUAUCUGAUUGAUGCAGGAGCUAAUGUUCAUGAACUAGAUUACCAAAAUAAUAGUAUUUUACAUUUUGCUGCCCGAUAUGCAUCAACACUUAUACUUGCAUAUUUUAUCCAGCUAGGUGUUGACGUGAACAGUCAGAAUUUGGAUGGAGAAACGCCUCUUUAUAGAGCAAUAGAAAUAAAAGAUGCAGAAAAUGUGACAUUCUUGCUUAACAAAGGAGCAGACGUUCAUUUAAGUGCUAUGCAUGAUACAAUUUUACAUUAUGCAAUCUUGAAGGGGACAAAGGAAAUGAUCAAACAAAUAAUUGAUAAAGGUGUUGAUAAAAAUAUUCUGGAUUCGGAUAACAAAACUCCCCUUGAUCUAGCAAAACAACAUAAACGCAAACAUAUCUGGAAGAUUCUUGUUUCUAUAGAUGCUAAUACGAACUCAGAAGAUUGUUGUUAUUCUGAUUCCACCUUCGAUUCUGACUGCGAUUUUGACUUUGAUUCUGAUCUCGAUUCUAAUCAUUCCUUCGAUUAUGUGUCGUCACAAUGUGAUUCUUUUGCUGGCGAUGUUGGUUCUGAUUCCGACAUUGUUGAACAAACGUGCAGCACGGAAACAGAUACAUUACGCAGAAAUUUUCGAGAGUAUCCUAGAAAAAAUAUACGUUACCCUAGGAGUAGUACGUAAAGCAGGCCUGCAUAAUGUUACCAACCCAGCGUACACAUGAAGCAAACCAAAAUGUCAGUUCACUGCUAGCAUCUGACUGUAAAGGU